AUGAAAAUAUACUUCUUGGAGCUCUUGGUCUGUUUGGUCUUUGGGAUCCUGCACUCCCAGGGAAGCAGAGGGAAGGUGUCAUCUGUGAAUCCUGAAGCAAACAUGAAUGUGAUGCAAAUGAUAAGUUACUGGGGAUACUCUGUUGAAGAGCAUUUCGUGGAGACAAAGGAUGGAUAUAUUCUGUGCAUUCACAGAAUCCCUCAUGGGAAGAAGAAGCAUUCUUACCAAGUUCCCAAACCAGUUGUCUAUCUUCAGCAUGGUUUCAUAGCCGAUUCCAGUAACUGGGUUACAAACACCGACAACAACAGCCUGGGAUUCAUGCUUGCUGAUGCUGGUUUUGAUGUGUGGAUGGGGAACAGUAGAGGAAACACGUGGUCUCGGAAACACAAGACUCUCUCAGUUUCUCAGGAUGAAUUCUGGGCUUUCAGUUUUGAUGAGAUGGCAAAAUAUGAUCUCCCAGCUUCCAUUGACUACAUUCUGAAUAAAACUGGCCAAAAGCAGUUGUAUUAUGUGGGUCAUUCUCAAGGCACCACCAUCGGUUUUAUAGGAUUUUCACAGAUGCCUGAACUGGCCAAAAAAAUCAAAAUGUUCUAUGCCUUGGCUCCUGUGGUUUCACUGGUUUUCAGUUCCAGUCCUCUAAUCAAGUUAAGAAUCCUCCCCGAAAGUUUCUUUGAGGACAUACUUGGGCACAAAGAAUUCUUUCCUGAGAAUCCAGUCACAAAGUGGCUGAGUACUCAUUUUUGUACCCAUGCAAUUCUGAAGGAGCUUUGUGGAAAUUUAUUUUUUCUCCUGGGUGGAUUUGAUGAGAGGAAUUUAAAUAUGUCAAGAGUGGAUGUCUAUUGGUCACACAGUACUGCUGGAACUUCUGUGCAAGAUUUCUUACACUGGAGGCAGAUUUCAAAAGUUAGCAAGUUACAAGCCUUUGACUGGGGAAGCAGUGCCAAAAACUACCUACACUACAACCAGAGUUACCCUCCCACAUACAAUGUGAAAGACAUGACUGUGCCAAUAGCCUUAUGGAACGGGGCUCGAGACUGGCUGGCAGAUACCAGUGACGUUCAUAUCUUACAGACUCAGAUCCCCAACUUGGUGUACCACAAGGAAAUUCCUGAUUACAAUCAUAUUGACUUUAUCUGGGGCUUGAAUGCCCCCUGGAGAAUAUAUGAUGAAAUUAUCAAUCUGAUGAAGAAAUACCAAUGAGAGCCAGAGACAAGCAUAGAAAAGGGUGUUUGCUUAAUUGCUGGAAAAUGAGUAUUUAUUUUCUAAGAUCUUUUGUUCUUUUAUAUGAAAGAUACCAUGAUUUUAAAGAUGAA